AUGGAGCAAGAACGUGGGAACUACGGCCAGAUGCGCGGAACGGACCGGACUCUUCAUUGGACGGCAAGCCAGAGCGUCGCGUCCAAUGAAAGGAAAGUCCUUGGCGUGACGUCGACUUUGAUCUCCCCACCCCGCCUCGUUCUCAGCGGGCGGUGCUACGAGGAGUUUGAACACAACUUUUGGCGGUUCAAAAUGGCGGCGGAGGGUUGUGAGGAGACGAAGUCCGUAGAGGCGAAAGAGGCGGAUGAUGCUGUCGCCGCGUUUUCUUCGUGGACAACUCAGGAGGAGUCCGGCCGAGAGCAAGUUUUCAAUCUCGUUGUUAAUACUUUGUUAGAAAAGAUGGAGGAGGUCGGCAGCUAUAAAAAGUUUGCAAGCUGCUAUAAUCGUCUCUACAAAGUGCAGCCUGAGCUCACAAGACGUAUUUAUGAUCAGUAUAUUUACCAUCUGCAGACUUCCUUUCGGGAGGAGAUCGGUGACUUGAAGGAAGAAGGGAAUCUUGAGGCACUUUUUAAAACACUGGAUAAGCUUGUGGAGGAAGCAAAGCAGAGAGAAGCACCUGCAUGGCGCCCCAGCGGAAUCCCAGAGCAAGAUGUCCGCAGUGCCGUUGCUCCGUACCUUCUGAAACAGCGCAGGAUCCUCCAAAAGAACCUGAAAGAGAAGGAGGAAGGGAACGCCAGGCUGGCCGAAGCGGUGCUGGCUGGCCGAAAGAAAAUAGCAGAUCUGCAGAAGGAGAUCCAGAAACGCAAAGAAGAAUGGCAGAUGAUCGCUCAGGAAAGCCGUGAGAUGGCGAACACACUUGAUGAGCACCACUGAGAAAGCGAGACCUCGCUGGCCUCUGGUGAACCGAGUCCUCCUGCCUUUUUGCCUUCUUAUAAUGGACUUCCUA